UCGCUCUAUUCCCACAUGCACCGCUCUUUUAACGCUCAUGGUUUCCGCUCAUUACCUCGGAUGUUGGUCUGACGUAUAACAUUUCUUGGCCGAGGGGGAAAAGAAGUGAAAAAAAAUCUAAAAGAAAAAAAAUAAAGGAAAAUCACUGGGAAGUCUGUGGUAGCCUCUCCACAUUACUGCUAGCCCAGAUCGUCCGAUCAUCAUCACCAUAUACCACCGCAUCAUGUCAAAUAUUGUGAGCCAUCUUGAUGGCAUUUCCGGUGAGCUUGCGGGCGCUCGAUACGGGCUCAAAGCGACCCUUGUCUUUUUCAUCUCCAUUUCCAUCUACAAUGUAAUCGAGCUGGUAAUCCUUGUGCUGUCGACAUUCCGUCGUUGGGCAGGUCUAUACUUCUGGAGCUUGCUACUUUCGGGCUGCUUGGGGGUAGUUCCAUACUCGCUCGGCUUCAUGUUGAAGUUCUUCACACACGCCAGUUCUUUCUUGUCUGUUACAUUGCUUACCGUCGGCUGGUGGACAAUGGUGACAGGCCAGUCGUUUGUUCUCUAUUCACGACUACAUCUUGUCAUCCGCGACGAGUACAUACUUCGCCGUGUGCUGUGCAUGAUCAUAGCAAAUUUCUUUCUUUUGCAUAUACCUACCUCCGUCUUGACAUAUGGUUCCAACGUACCCGAUCGAUCACCUUUAUUCGUCAGAGGAUAUAACAUCAUGGAAAAAAUCCAGAUGACCGGGUUCACCUUACAGGAGGUGAUAAUCUCAGGGCUUUAUAUCUGGGAAACAACCAAACUACUUCGGUUGGGUUCGAACCGACAAAACCGAAGAAUAAUGCACCAGUUAGUAGGAAUAAAUAUUGCCAUUCUUGUGAUGGACUUAGCCCUUCUUGGGCUGGAGUAUGCCAACUUCUACGCCAUUCAGAUCACGCUCAAGGGUGUCAUAUACAGCAUCAAACUUAAGUUGGAGUUUGCGGUUCUCGGGAAACUGGUCGAUAUGGUUCAUGGGCACAGGCGUCCGGGUACGUUGGGAAAUGACAUAGAGUUGUAUUCUCUACAGCAUGAAUCUAGUCCGACUGCGCCGGCGUCAUCGUCUGGUCUGCUGGAUAAUAUAAACUUCUCUCAUAUUGUUCAAGAUGGGACAAAACGACUACAUACAUCACAGAACGAUGGAUGUCCAGAUAGAAAAUUUAUUGUGAAGGUGUCGGAUUUGAUUAAACGACGCCCCCCCUGA